GAACGAGCGCGCAUGAGGGCGCUGAAUCGGCGAACCAUUAAGUCUCGCUACCCAAUCCCACGCGCGGACGAUCUUCUCGAUCAACUUCGCGGAGCUCGCUUCUUUUCGAAAAUCGACUUACGCGGCGGUUACCAUCAGAUCCGAGUCUUCGCUAACGACUGCCACAAGACAGCGUUCCGAACCCGAUACGGCAGCUGCGAGUACACCGUCAUGCCGUUUGGCCUCACGAACGCCCCCUCCACUUUCCAACUCACCAUGAAUGGCGUAUUCCGCGAUCUCCUCGACAAGUGUGUCAUCGUCUACCUUGAUGGCAUACUGAUCUACAGCAAGACACAGGAACAGCACCUCAAGGACCUCGAGCAAGUUUUCCAGCGGCUGCAAGAGCACCGCCUCAUUACGAAGGGCUCUAAGUGUGAGUUCCUAAAAUCCGAACUGGAAUUUUUGGGACAUGUCGUGGGAGCGGACGGCAUCAAAAUCGACCCGAAGAAAAUCAAAACAAUUCGCGACUGGAAGCCGCCGACGAAUUUACAGGAACUGCAGAGUUUUCUCGGGUUCGUUAAUUACGUCCGGCGGUUUAUCCCCAAUAUGGCAGGGAUAACCGGACCGUUAACUGACCUGCUGCGGAAGGGCACUUUGUUUGAGUGGGGGGAGAGACAGCAGACUGCUUUCGAUGAACUGCGAAAUUUUCUGACGUCGGCCCCGGUCCUUCGAAUCGCCGACCCAUCUCGACCGUUCGAAGUCUUGACGGACGCCAGCGAUUUCGCCAUCGGUGCGAUACUGUUACAAGAUUUCGGCGACGGACUCCAACCCAUCGCGUAUGAGUCUAGGAAGUUGCAGGCAGCCGAGCGCAACUACCCCGUCCACGACAAAGAAAUGCUCGCCAUCGUGCACGCAUUCAAAGUGUGGCGAUGCUACCUGACGGGAGCCGACGUGACAGUACGGACAGACCAUAAAUCCCUACAGUACCUCCCCAAGGAACCCUACGUCCUAAAAGCCGGUACUGACCAUAUCUGGGUUCCCGCCUACAGACUCCUCCGCGAAUUACUUAUUCAAGAAGUCCACGAUUCUAACCUCUCCGGUCAUUUCGGGGUUGACAAAACCCAGAAGUUACUUCACCGUUUCUAUUAUUGGCCUGAUUUGGCGUCUGAUGUGCAGAGAUACGUAUCGGCGUGCCCGAUCUGCCAACGCAUGAAGUCUUCUCGACAGCGACCAGCUGGACUGCUGCAACCGCUCGAGCCACCCCAGCGACCGUGGCAACAUGUGACGAUGGACUUCGUCACGGGGCUCCCAGCCGCAGCCACGGGCAACGACGCCGUGCUGGUCGUCGUCGAUCGACUGACGAAGAUGGCACAUUUCGCACCCUGUCGUACAACAAUCACAGCCGAAGAUACCGCGAAGCUUUUCAUCUCCACCGUUGUUCGCCUGCACGGCCUACCCUCAGCGAUCAUCAGCGACCGCGACCCCAAAUUCACGUCCAAGUUCUGGCAGGAGACAUGGGCCCAGUAUGGCACACGCCUCCAAUUUUCCUCCGCCUAUCAUCCUCAAACCGACGGCCAGACCGAACGAACCAAUCAGACCAUGGAGCAGCUGAUACGCACCAACUGCCCCGAUCCGGCCCGGUGGGAAGAAUUCCUGCCCAUGCUGGAAUUCUCCUACAACAAUGCCCCAUCCGCUACGACUAAUCACUCGCCGUUUUUCCUAAACUACGGGAUGGAUCCGACCGUCCCAGCAGUUCAUCUCCAGUUUGCAAGCUGCCCGGGAUAAAGCGAUAGAAUUCAUUCGAA